CAAUUCAUCACGUGUACCUGCUUUUAUCAGUGACCAGUAAUUAUAUAUUUUAUCACGCGAAUGAAAAAGUAACGCACCCAUCUAAGUUAUGGGGCAAUUUCAUUGAAAAAAAAUUAUUUUUGCUUAAUUUCAAGUGGAGUUCCAGAAAGAACUAAGUUCAAAUGGAGGUGGAACAACAGCAAGGACUAGAAACGGCCGAAAUCACGUCAGAAGUGUACGAUAUUAUCCAUCCGAGUCCGGUUUCGCUAAAACAACUAUCAGCAAUCACCGUUAGCCUGGAAAUAUGGCGACGUAAAGUGGUUGAAGAUCGCAAGACAAGUGGAAAAUUGGAUGCGUUUGACCCUUUUUACACGCUAGAUAGACAAGAUACCUGGCUGAAAAAAAAGCUUCCCGAUUUGCCCUCCAUGAUUUACCAGACGAUCGAUAAAUUUUUAUAAAGAUUUAGGCGUUCGAUGUUAUCUUGGGCGAACCAUCAUCAUGAGAAAGGAUUUUGUUGGGAUGGUUCAAAAGAUUUCGAUGAUUUUGUGUGUGAUUAUGAUGGCUGUAUUGAUUACGCCAGAACAGCCGAACGUAUGAUUCGUUGGGAAGGAUUCAGUUCGGAAAUGAAGUUUACAGUCGCUUGUAUGUAUUUCUUCGAAGACGACGUAAGACGAAUUUGGCCAUCUGUAUCAGCAAACAUGAACGUAAAUUUGAUCGAUUUUGACAAAUGCCCGGCAGUAUAUUACUGGAUUUGUCGCCUCACGAAUAAGUUAGAUAAAAUACCAAACUGGGAGGGUGAAACUGUCGAUGAAAGAAUGUUUGAGAUGUCCAUGCCUUAUAAUAGACCUUCGAUCGAGUAUUUUUGGAAUCGUAUACCUCUAGAAAAACAAGUGCAAAGUGCAGUUGCUGAGCUUAGCGGUUAUGAUUUCGUUAGAUUCGUAUUACCUAAACUAGAUGAUGUGCAGCUUGAUGAAUUCGUCAAUGGUGGUAGUAGACGUCGCUUGUAUGAAGUCUUUCUAAAUCUUCAUAGCGAUGAAUGGACCAUCCUGAGAACUUGGUUCCACAUUAGGAACAUCAUUAAGGAAAGUAAUUUUACCAUUCUUAUCAUUCGUAUGCUUGAUGUUGAGGAUUACUUUAGUUUUGCUGACGAGCACUUUUCAUCAGGAGAGUGGGAAGAUUUGUGUUGUCAGAUAUGGAAGCAUGCGCCGCUUAAUUUAAAACGAUCGACGAUCAGAGUUUUCUCAUCGGACAAUAGCUGGAUCGCAGCUAUCAAUAUUCACGAUUGCGGUGAUUGUGAUUGUCAAAAAAUGAACAUCGAUUUGCUUUUGACUAUUUUGCAAGAUGCAUCGUUGGAAGAAAGGAACUUAUUCUGGCGUAAUUGCUGGAGUUGUUUCAUUAAACCACUUCAAAGCAAAGAUUUGCAACGGGUAAUAGUAUUGUGCUUUGAGAACGAAGUUGAGAUUAAUCAGUUUAAGCGAAACGUCAUGGUUAAAAGCGAAGAUGUCUUUCAACAUUGCGUUUCCUUAUUGAAAGAUCUGCAUUUGAAAGAAUUGAAUGCCUUUGUGAGUUUCUGUUGUCCCAAAUCGCAAGCAGCGAAAAACCUUAAACAACGAAUACUGCAAUCGGCUUAUCUCGGAGAAGAUUGCAAACUUAGUGAUAGGAUUUUCGAUAGUUUCAUCGGAAACCUCGCUUUUAUCGCAGAACUCGAUGAAUUUGUUGAUGAUGCUUUUGACAACUACGAUCUAUCCGCCGAUUUCAAAAAUCUGUUCAUGUCGUCAACUUCAUUUUUGCGACGUUUAUCGAGUAUUAUGUGCAAGUGCCAUGUUUCUCUCGACAAGCUCACAAAAUUUAUUGAUACUUUUGUUUCAUCGCGAGAAGUUCUAACGCAGGUCAAGAUGAGAUUGAUUGAUUCGUUGAAAGAGUACGGGACUACGAAUGCGAUUCACCGUUUUUAUAUGUCUGACUUGGAUAAGAUCUUACCAUGGUGCUUGGGAAGUAAUGAAGGAGUUGAAGAAUUCAAACUGAACUGCCUUUGGAAGUCAGGGAAGUGGUGAUUUUUUUCUAGGAUUCAAAUUAUGUUAGGCUUUGUAUUGUAUUUUUUAUUUUUUAUCCUCUUUUUCGUUUUUGAAAUUUAAUGCUGUAAACUUGAAAUACUUUAAUGAAGUUUUGAUUUUUUAAAAAUUAUUUUUUACUGCAAUUUUUGUAUUUUUCAAUAUUUUUAUAGAUAAUUAAUUUCGAACAAAUUUUCAUAAUAAGUAUUUGUUGCUAUUUUUACGAUCCGUUUCACAAUAAGAAUCUACUUACUCAUGUUUCAUGUACCUACUCCUGUAAUUUUUUUUUGUUAUUUAUUUUCUAUGUAUUCAACUUAAUUUACAUAAAUAAUCAUGAUUUCUCUGGUUACUCACGUGGCUAUUUUAUUAAUAUUGCAAGCUGAUUUUUGACCAGUUUCAAGUAUGAUAUUGCCUCAUCUUGAGUAAUUUUUAUAGUGUACCUAGUUCUCGAUAAAUCUAGCUUCUUUUUUUUUUUUUAAAGUUUGAAUUGUCAUCAACUUGAAAAUUUUUUUUACUGUAUUUUUGAAUUCUCUUAUUAAACUUUGAAAUUAUUGCAGAUAAUGUUGAUUGAUUUUUUUGUGAAU